CCGGUCAAGCUGGUAGAGCUGGAGCUGGAGGAAAGACUGACUUUACUGAGAAGGAAGGUGAAUGAGGAGCUGAGAAGAGUGCUCGAGGUGUUGAGGAGAUGGCUGACGACUGGCUGACACUUCUGCCCCUCUCGCCGGGUCUGUAUUCUGCAGCACAAGCCAUUCGAGAGCUCAAAGCAUCGACGACUUGGUGGAAGACGAUCGGUCGCAUCUCGGGCGGCGCCACUGCCAUCUUCCUAGCACGUCGUCGUCGGCCUCCCCCAGGUGUCCUAGGCAGUCUCGGCUUCGGUCUCCUCGGCACUUUCAUCGGCGAAGGUCUCAGCUUACCUUUUGCCAUUCUAGCUGGUGGGAGAAAAGCGAUUAGCUCCGUGGAAGAUCCAAAGCACUUUGCGAAGGUGUUGCAGGAGAGACAGGCGAUGCAGAAUGGUCGGGGAGGACUGCCGGGGAUAGGACCGCGGAUGGGCCAAGGACAGAGCCAGAGUCAAGGACAGCAGGGACAGCAGCAGGGUGUUUUGGGUAGGGAUUUGGCUGGUGACAAGGAGUUUGGAACGAGCGGUGACUUCAAAGACUCAUCCUUUGGCGACUUUGGCGCCGCCUCCUCUUCCACCUCAAGCUCCACUCCCAGGUACCCCUCAUCACGGCAGCAGACCCCUUCCUCUCCCAUCUCCAGCAGUAGCAGCUCCCCUUCCUCUUCUUCCUCCCUUCCACCUCCCUCCUUCGACGUGCCCCCAAACUCCAUAAGCGACCCCUUCUCUCCGAAUCCUGCCUCUGCCCAGGGUGGCAGUGGCAGUGGCAGUGGGGGAGCGAGGAGACAGGGUGGGUCUCGAUGGGCUGAGUUGAGGGGUGAGGCGCAGAGUGGAGAGAGUGCUUGGGCUCGGUUGAGACGGGGUGAAGGACCGCCGGGACAACAGUCGCAGCAGCCGGCGCAAUAGCAGCAAGGCAAAGCGAGGUCGGAUGAGGGAUGAGCUUGGCUUGGGGACAGUCGUUCCUUUCAAUCAAAAUCAAUAUGUAAAGACGUCCAU